CUUUUCUCAGUGAAGGGCUUCAUUAUCUGCAAAAGCUAGCUAUGGCCAUAGAGAUUGAUCAGCAGCCUCCUGUUGGGUUAUCAAGAGUUGCAGUUUCUGAAACUCAUGGAGAGGACUCCCCAUAUUUUGCUGGCUGGAAAGCAUACGAUGAAAACCCUUAUGACGAAUCCAAGAACCCAUCAGGAGUCAUACAGAUGGGCCUAGCAGAAAAUCAAGUCUCGUUUGAUUUGCUAGAAGAGUUCCUGAAACAGCAUUCUGAAGCAUCCAGCUGGGGGAACAAAAUCUCCGGGUUUAGAGAAAAUGCAUUGUUUCAAGAUUACCAUGGACUCCAGUCUUUUCGCAAGGCAAUGGCAAGUUUCAUGGAACAAAUAAGAGGGGGAAGGGCGAAAUUCGACCCUGAUAGAGUAGUUCUAACUGCAGGUGCAACUGCAGCUAAUGAACUACUAACAUUCAUUUUAGCAGAUCCUGGUGAUGCCUUGCUGGUUCCAACCCCUUACUAUCCAGGAUUUGACAGAGAUUUGCGGUGGAGGACGAGUGUAAAAAUAGUGCCAAUCCAUUGUGACAGCUCAAACAAUUUCCAGGUCACUCCCCAAGCUUUAGAAGCUGCAUACAAUAAUGCUGAGGCCAUGAACAUCAAAGUCAGAGGAGUACUCAUCACUAACCCAUCAAAUCCUUUAGGCACAACCAUCCAAAGGUCCGUCCUUGAGGAGAUUCUCGACUUUGUGACACGCAAGAACAUCCACCUCGUCUCCGAUGAAAUCUACUCCGGCUCCGUCUUCUCGUCAUCAGAAUUCGUCAGCAUUGCUGAAGUUCUCGAAGCCCGCAAUAAUAAAGGGUCAGAAAGAGUCCACAUUGUUUACAGUCUUUCCAAAGAUCUCGGUCUCCCGGGCUUUCGAGUCGGGACAAUAUACUCUUACAAUGAUAAGGUUGUAACCACCGCAAGGCGAAUGUCGAGCUUCACCCUUAUCUCUUCUCAAACACAGCAUCUAUUGGCCUCCAUGUUAUCUGACAAGGAAUUCACUCAGAAUUACAUAGAGACGAACCGAGAAAGACUGAGGAAGAGAUAUGAGAUGAUCAUUCAAGGCCUGAGGGUUGCUGGGAUCGAGUGUUUGCAAGGGAAUGCGGGGCUGUUCUGCUGGAUGAAUUUAAGUCCAUUGUUGGAGACACCCACAAGAGAAGGUGAAUUGGCUCUUUGGAACUCCAUCCUGCAUGAAGUGAAGCUGAAUAUAUCUCCAGGGUCUUCCUGCCAUUGUUCUGAACCAGGUUGGUUUAGGGUUUGUUUUGCUAACAUGAGCGAGCAGACACUAGAAGUUGCACUCGACAGAAUACAUCAAUUCAUGAAGCGGAGGUGUGAUAAAGAGAAACUUGGGCAUGUUUAG